UUUCCUCUUCAUCUUCAUCUUCCUCAAACAAAGUCAAAGUUUCAGGACCACACUCACGGGCUGGCGUUCACGAUCCUUCCCCGCCGACGAAGACACUCACCGGUCGGCGUUCACGACCCUUAUCCGAUGACGACAUUUGCUCCAAUCCAGAUUUGGAGAAGGAGAGAGAAAGAGAGAGAGUUGGAGAUGGAGAGGAUCCACUUCCGGCCAAAUCCAUGUCUUUACUUAUGAAUCAGACACCGACAAUUAUUUAGUAUCAUCUUCACUAUCAAGCAAGCUACAUACGAGGUACUCAAUCACAUCACUCUCAUCCAUUCUCUUCAUUUCCAAUAACAGAUCUCUCUCCAAUGUACAACAAUACAACACAUAUUACUAUCUUUUUCAUUGCUUCUGUGCUUUUCAUUCCCCUGCAGAUCCACUUUCUCAAAAUAUGGAUCCUUCAUUACUGUAUCACCAGCUCAAGGCUGCAGACCCGUUUUUUCUGCUAGCUGGUCCCAAUGUGAUUGAAUCAGAGGAGCACAUUAUGCGAAUGGCUAAGCAUAUCAAGACUAUUUCAUCUAAAUUUGGAAUUCCAUUGGUUUUCAAAUCAAGCUUUGACAAAGCUAACCGGACAUCAUCAAAAUCAUUUCGUGGCCCGGGGAUGGUUGAGGGAUUGAAGAUACUUGAGAAGGUUAAAAUAGCUUACGACCUCCCUAUAGUGACAGAUGUGCAUGAGGCCAUCCAGUGUGAACCAGUUGGCAAAGUUGCAGACAUCAUUCAGAUUCCAGCAUUCUUAUGUCGCCAAACAGAUCUUCUAGUUGCAGCAGCCAAAACUGGGAAGAUUAUCAAUAUCAAGAAGGGCCAGUUCUGUGCUCCUUCGGUGAUGACAAAUUCAGCGGAAAAGGUUCGGUUAGCUGGAAAUCCUAAUGUGAUGGUUUGUGAGAGAGGGACAAUGUUUGGCUACAAUGAUUUGAUUGUUGAUCCACGUAACCUGGAGUGGAUGAGAGAAGCCAAUUGUCCCAUUGUGGCUGAUAUAACCCACUCACUACAACAACCUGCUGGAAAGAAGUUGGAUGGAGGAGGUGUUGCAAGUGGAGGUCUUCGAGAACUAAUACCUUGCAUUGCAAGGACAUCAGUUGCUGUUGGAGUGGAUGGGAUCUUCAUGGAGGUGCAUGACGAUCCGCUGAAUGCACCAGUAGAUGGUCCAACACAGUGGCCUUUGCGCCACUUGGAGGAACUACUUGAAGAGCUUAUUGCUAUAUCUAGGGUAAGCAAAGGGAAGAAGCCAUUUAAGAUUGAUCUCACGCCAUUUCGUGAAUAAGAAAAAUGGUAAUAUAUGUCCCUCGGCAUUGUGCUUUUAAGAUUUUUCAAGCUUGAAUUCAAAACUGUCUUCAUUUUGUGGCAAAGUUCAAGCUCUUCCUCAUAAGAAAGACUGUUUAUUCUAAAAACUGAUGUUUGUCAUGUAGUAACACUCCCAACUGAUGUUUGUCACCAAUAAUGUUGUAGGCUUAACCUGGUUAGUUAACUAAAGUUGAGGCAAAUAAGUAUAAAAUAUAGUUACCGUAAAUUACA